AUGGUAACAUACAUAGAACAUCUGUCUGAUGAACUAAUCUUGGAAAUAUUUGAAUUUGUACAGUCACAUAUAUUGUUUGAUACUUUUUAUAACUUGAACAAACGUUUCAAUUCAAUAUUAAAUGAUGUUCAUUUAUCUACUGAUUUAAAAUGUAAUAUGUCAAAAGCUCUGUUUGAUCAAUAUUGUCAUAAAAUAUUGAACCAUAAAGAACGACGUCAACAAAUAUUUUAUCUUAAACUAUCCAAUACGCGUACAUUUGGUCAAAUUGAGUUAUUUAUGAAUAAUUGUUCUAUAGAAUCUUUUAUUCAUUUAUCAUCCUUAAUCAUUACUAACGCAUCAUCGGCUGAUUUGAAAAUAGUUGCAUCGAAAUUGAAAUAUUUAAAAUAUUUGAAUUAUGUCAGGGUUAAACCAGGUAGCUCUUUAGAAGAGGAAGAGCAUUAUAUUUAUAAUACAAUAUUCGUACAUGAAUCAUUGAAAAAAUGUUCAUUAUUAGAGUUCGGUGAUACGAUUGGACGCAUUCAUCCGGAUAUGACAUCCACUUUGGAAUGUUUAUCCGUUGACGUGCAUGACAAACAUGAUCUGAUUAAUUUAAUCUAUUGGUUACCAAAAAUCAAACGAUUAGCAGUUACAUGUGAUUCUACAUCAUCUAAUAGGCUUGUUCUUCGACAUCCAUUCAUUCCAUUUGGUCCUAGUCUGACAUUUUGCCACCACAUGAACCAUAGUGCCAAAAGUCGGUGA